AUGAGGGCGUCGAGAGCGGGUCGAGAGCCGUGUCCUCCCUCAUACACCUUACAUCCUUACAUCUUUAAUAACAACAGCGCGGGGGCCCCUCGAGAGCAGAGAAGACUUGAUAUAUUUUCGCGUUUAUUUACUUUCGGGACGCGCGCACGUCUGCUUCCGAAUAAUCCCCUCGAGGUGCGCCACGUGUUACCGCCGCGCGAAUCUGCUCUGUGGCAAGCCGCACUCGUGUGUCGUGUGCGCACUUGCUUCACCAUCUGUUUACGUACUGCUGUAUCACUACUACUCCCGCUGCCCGGAACCUCUCUGUCGUCCGCCCGACACGCCGCGUCGGGCGAGAGAGAGGCCUCCGUCGCGCUGCUUGCAUCCCUCAUGGCUGCCCGGAAGCUCUCUCGCGUCCGCCCCGACACGCCGCGUCGGGGGAGAGAGAGGCCUCACCCCCCCCUUUCUUGUCAUCACAGCUCUAUACAUACGUCGGCAACGCGGUUCCUGCAGACAUCGUGCCUCAGGUAUCGUCAUCAAAAUAAAAACCCUCCCAUCCUCGAAAAAUCUUCUCCCCUCUACCCGCCUCCCGACGAUACCCUCCGCAUCCACAUGUACCGCAACGUACGGAGUCAUUGCGCUCCAACGCCCUACGCUUCCACGUUACCAACUCCCGACUCUUGCAGUGACAGUGUCGCUUCAUCACCUUCCUCCACAGUCACCGUCGAUUCCCGCUUCUUCCUUCUAAACCGCGGAAACCGUCUCCUCCUUGUACUAUUCGUCGACCUCCAAGACUCGGCCAUAGAAACUUCGCUCCUCCUGCUAGCCCCAUGCUCCGAGUCCUUAGAAUCCUCCUUACGGACGGCACCCCUCGCCAUGCCCAAAAAUUUAUCCGCAUUCUUCAACGCCCCGCCGUGA